UGCAAUCUCUUUCCUCUAACAUGACAUUCAAGGUAUUUGCACUGGCCGUCCUUGUGGUGGUCACCAUGGCCCGUCCAGAUAGCCCGCCUACAUAUGGCUACUCUGCUCCCACACCCUCUUACGCAGCUGCUAAAUACGACUUCAACUAUGCCGUCAACGACCCACCAUCUGGCAACGACUUCGGACAUGAGGAAGCCCGUAAUGGAGACAACACACAGGGAUCCUACUACGUCCUUCUUCCUGACGGUCGUCUGCAGAGGGUCACCUACAAUGUGAACGGUGACUCCGGUUACGUGGCUGAUGUAACCUACGAGGGAGAGGCUCAGUACCCCAACCCAAAGGCAUCCUACGGACCUCCCCAGCCUUCCUACAAGCCACCCACCCCUUCCUAUGCUUGAGACAUAACGCCUCUGAUAUCUAUUGAACUCGGGUCUUUGUAAAUAUUAUAUAUUAAAGUAGCAUACUUCAUC